UAUUAUAUGACGACGUAUCACGGAUUUUUUGUUUAUUUUUAUUUCUAGUUUUCAACUUUUCACCAUUAAGAUCAGUGAUUAGUAACGUAGUAGACGUGUUGUCAAUAAGAAUCGCUAUAAACAUCGUCAUUGUUUAAUUCUCAUUACGUUUGUGAUCUGAUAAGAUUUAAAAUAUCAGCUCUGUGUUAUUUCUUGUUUUAUUUAGUGUGGUGGAGUGCAGUGAACUGAAUUAAUUGCUUGAAAAAAAUAUUUGCUUGCAUAAUAAUGAACUUAUCUUUCGCCGGUUGUGGAUUUCUUGGCAUUUACCAUGUUGGUGUUGCAGUGUGUCUUAAAAAAUAUGCACCUCAUUUGCUCAUAGGGAAAAUUUCAGGAGCUUCUUUUGGCGCAGUAUCAGCCUGCUGUUUGCUCUGUGAUUUGCCUAUUGGCGAGAUAACGAGCGACGUUUUGAGGGUGGUUAGUGAAGCGAGGGCGGGAUCCCUUGGACCGUUCAGUCCUUCAUUUAGCAUUCAAAAUGUACUUCUGGACAGUAUGCAGAAGUAUCUUCCCCAUGACGCUCAUAAAAUCGUCAGUGGGAAGCUCCAUAUAUCGCUUACCCGGGUUUACGAUGGCAAGAACGUAAUUGUCACGGAUUUUCCUACGAGAGAGGAUUUGUUGCAAGCUCUGCUAGCGUCAUGUUUCGUGCCAGUUUUCUCCGGGAUGCUGCCGCCCCGGUUUCACGGUAUAAGGUACAUGGACGGAGGGUUCAGUGAUAAUUUACCCGUUUUGGAUGAAAAUACGAUAACCGUCAGUCCUUUCUGCGGCGAAAGUGACAUCUGUCCUAGAGACCUUAGCUCGCAAUUAUUCCAUGUGAAUCUAGCCAAUACCAGCAUAGAACUGUCCAAGCAAAACAUAAACCGUCUCGCUAGGAUUCUAUUUCCACCAAAACCUGAGGUUCUCAGCAAUAUGUGUAAGCAAGGUUUCGACGAUGCUCUCCGCUUCCUACACAGAAACAACAUGAUAAGCUGCACUAGAUGUCUUGCUGUUCAAUCGACCUACCAGUUACAAGAUGUUCUCGAUGAUAAGACGUAUGAUUACGAUCCCGAAUGCGAGGAAUGUAAAACACACAGGCAGGACGCUCUAGUGGAUGAUCUCCCGGACACAGUGAUGACAAUCUUCCAGAACGCUAUCGAGUCCGCCAACACCGGCCUCGUCAACUGGGUCAUGAGACAGAGAGGCAUGCGAUGUGUUUCACUACUGACGCUGCCGUACAGGGUCCCAGUGGACGUCAUGUACGCUACAUUUACCAAUUAUAUCGGUGAUAAAGUAGAGAGGCAUGCGGCACAGUUCGAGGUGAUGGGGAAUUUGCGUGUUCUUAGGAAGAGAUGUAUCCGACACAACAAUGUUAUGACUAGAUUCGUAGCAUGCACACCAAAGAUGAGCAAGACCCUGUGGAAGGUUAGUUGGCAGAUUGCUCGUCAGUUACACGGGUUCCUGUACUCGGCUCCCGACCGUUCGGAGGCUGCGCGGAUAUACUACAAGCUAAGUCAGGAACACCGCGACGAACAUCGUCUGGACAGGAGGCGUGCGAGCGAGUUGCGCGUGACGUAUAACGAUAUGCCGGCGGAGGCAGACACGUUUGAGCACAUCCUGAACGUGACCGCUCACAAUGACGCUCUACUCGCCUACUACUAUCUGGACAGUGACAAUAAGAUGAAGAUGACGGAGAUCUAUGACGUCACUGACGCGGACACCGAUGCGGUACAGUCUCCAACCGAGCGUGAUGUCAACAAGCAACUCGAGUUCGACAACGAUUGGUCGGCAGAACUGAUGGCCGACGACGACGAACUGGAUUUGGAUGGUGCUGAUGAUGAUUUAGAAGACAGAAACAUAUUCUCAGACCCAGAGAGCGAGUGGACCAGACGGCAGUCAUUUUCAAACUCUUCCAGUGAAGGAGAUCAACCGGAAUCAGACAGACAGUGUGUUACUUACACUUAUUCCGAAUAGUCUAACUGAGUUGUGAUACCGCAUACCAUAUGAUAAUGAUAUCAUAAUAUGAUAAAGGUAGCAACAUCAAUUCAUUCGUUUAUUCAGUAUGGAAGUGCCAGAAUGGUGUGAGGAAUAAGAGGUAUAAAUUAAAUUAUUGGGGGCAAUGGAGUUAUGUUAUUACAAAAAGUAAAGAUUUUUACAUUCACUCUACAGUGAUUUUGAAUGAGAAUGAUUUUAUUUUAAACUUAAUAUGAUUUAUGUAUUAUAAAUUUAAACGAGGUUUUAUAUGACUGAACGUUUUUAUAAAGGCUUAGGUUUUUGUUGAAAGGUUUUUGAUUAUCAUUGAAUUUUCCUUUAAAAAAAAAAUUGUUUAAAAGUUUUGUGUACCUGAAGACUAAAUGGACAUUACAAUGUUUUAUUUAUUAAUGUAGCUAGUUUUAUGAACUCAUUUUAACAUAGUAGUAUAAAAUUUUAAUCUUUUUAUAUGAAACAAAAAAAAAUUCUGACAAAGAUGAGUUUGUGGGAAUAUACAUGAUGGUGUUAGCUUUAAGCUGUAUUGUUACCAAAUAAAAACUUUUUUGUUGACAUUUAUAAUCAUUUAAUUUUUAAUAUAUAUAUGUAUAUAUUUGUUAAAAAAAAAAACAAUAUUAUAUUUUUAUCUUACACGAAUCAUUUUAAGAGUUCUAGUUUUUUGUUACAUAAGUUAUUGGUGUGGGGGACCAUCAAUUUUGUACAUAAAUAUUUGAUAUUUGUAUAUUGCACAUAGAAGAUAUUAGUGUAAUCUAAGCAUCUUUGUUACAUUUCUAUAUAAAGAAGUAUUUAUCUUGUUAUACAACAUUGUGAUUUGUACUGUGUAUUUUUAAAACUCACAAGUAUAAAUAAAAAUGUUAAAAAAUUAUGACUUUUAUUCCUUCAUAUUUUUUAAGAAUUAUUUGCUACAUAACAUUUAGGUACAUAUUUAUAAUCAGUUAUUGUGUAAUUUCGUGUUUAUUAAUAAUAUUAUGCAAUCAAAAUACAUAUGAUAGCUUUACCUCAGACUCCAUCAACCCUUCGUAGAAAUAUCGUAAGUGUUCAAAAUAUAAAUCUUA